AUGAAUUUCCUUUCUUUGAAUAUCAGAGGUCUUGGGGAGGGGGUUAAAAAUAAAGCGGGGUGGGUUAAAGAGAUAAAAAGAGAGAAUGGGAUUGAUUUCAUGGCUUUGCAAGAAAUACAAUUCAGUGACAUUUCAGGUAUAGAGUUUGAGAAAUUUUGGGGAACGGGCAAAUUCGAGAUGGAUCACGUGCCGGCGGUCGGAAGAUCUGGUGGAGUUGUUAGUUUAUGGGAUCCAAGCGUUUUUAAGGUACAUGAUUCUAUCAAGCAUCCUAAUUUUUUAUUAACUAUGGGGGUUAUUAAGGGGAUUAAUAGAGCUAUUAAUAUUAUUAACGUGUACGCUCCGCAAAAAGUCCCUCUAAAAAAGGCUCUGUGGGAGGAUAUUGGGGUGGUUUUGGGGAGUUAUACGGGUUGGUGGGUGAUUAUGGGGGACUUUAAUGCGGUUCGUUUUAUGGAAGAAAAGAGGAAUUCCAAUUUUAAUAAAAACUGUGCUUCUAAUUUCAAUGAGUUUAUCUUCGAAAAUGGGUUGAUAGAAUAUGAUUUGAAAGGUAGGAAAUUCACUUAUCAUAAAGACAACAGUAAUAAGCAAAGCAAGAUCGAUAGAUUUUUGGUUUGUCAUGAUUUUUUCAACGCUUGGCCGGUGGCUUGCCUUAGGGAGUUACCAAGGGUUCACUCGGAUCACUGUCCUCUUGUUUUGAGUUGCUCGGAUAAAAACUUUGGCCCCAAGCCAUUUAGGUUUUUCAACUCCUGGUUGGAGAGGAAAGAUUUCGACGAGGUGGUGCAAAAAGCAAACGACUCUUUUAUAGGGAACGGGGAACCUGAAGUGGUCUUAAUGCAUAAAUUCAAGGUGAUUAGGGAGGAUAUUAAAAAGUGGAAAAAGAAGGACGAAGUUUCAGAGGAGAGAAAGUUGUUAGAAGAGGAGGAGUGGUCUAAGGUGGAAUGCUUGAAAGAUUUAAGGGAGCUCGAAGGAUACAAAAUUAAAGAUCUCAAACAAAGAGCUAGAAUUAGAUGGGAUUUGGAAGGUGAUGAAAACUCGGCUUUUUUUCAUGGGUAUAUAAAUAGUAGAAGAGCUCUUAACAAUAUCCCAGGUCUUAUGGUAGACGGAAAGUGGAUUUCAAAACCAUCCUUGGUCAAAAGAGAAAUUAUGCACUUCUUCAAAAAGGCUUUCGAGGAAAAAACCAAAGACAGACCAAGACUCAAUUGUCACAUCAUUAGGCGUCUCUCAGAGGAAGACGCUGCGAUUUUGACGGUCCCGUUUAGGAACGAAGAGAUCAAAAGUGCUGUCAAAGGUACUAUUGAGGCGGGGUGUAGCUCAUCUUUUAUUACUCUUAUUCCAAAAAGCAAGGAUCCGGUGGGGUUGAGAGACUAUAGGCCUAUUAAUCUAAUUGGGGUGAUAAGCAAAACUAUUUCUAAGAUUCUUGCUAACCGCCUCAAAAAGGCGUAUGAUAAUGUGAAUUGGAGUUUUCUUUUGGAUAUUAUGGAUCAAAUGGGUUUUCCUAAUUUAUGGUGGCUCGAAGGGGUGUUAAAAGGAAUUCAAACUCCUAAUAACGGUCCGGUUAUUUCGCAUCUUUUGUAUGCGGAUGAUGCUCUGUUAAUCGGGAAUUGGGAUAGGGAAAAUGUGGUAAAUGUGGCCAGAUGUUUAAGAAUAUUCUAUUUAUGUUCUGGAUUAAAAAUCAACCUUCUUAAAUCUAACUUGUACGGAUUGGGUGUGGAUAAUAGCGAGAUUACGGAAAUGGCUAAGGUGAUCGGGUGUAACACUGGUAAUAUUCCGCUUACAUACUUGGGGAUCACGGUGGGGGCUAAUAUGAAUAGAAUUAACAGUUGGAACCCGAUAAUCGAGGUUUUCAACAAAAGGGUUGCGGAUAGAGUUCAAGGUAAUGAGGGCUUUUCUUGGCAUUGGUCUAGACUUCCCGAAUCCGAUGACGAGCUUAAAGAAUGGCUGGAAUGUCUAGAGGUUCUCAACAUGGUGAGGCUUUUCAACGAUAAGGAUUCGUGGUACUGGAAUGACGGUAGCCAGGAUAGUUUCUCAGUGAAGUCUGUCAAAAAGGCUUUAAUUAUUGAGAGAGGUCAUUGCCACCUUCCUAAUUUUGUCUGGUGUAAAUGGGUGCCUCUCAAAUGCAAUGUUAUGGCUUGGAGAGGUAAUUUGGAUAGGCUAGCAACAAGAGUUAAUUUAAGGCGAAGGAAUGUGGACAUUACAUCGGUUUUGUGUCCUUUUUAUGAAGAAUACGAGGAAACGGUGGAGCAUUUAUUUACUGCAUGUUUGGUUGCUAAUCGUGUGUGGGCGGCUUUCAGUACGUGGUGCAACAUCCCUCCUAUUUUCGCCUUCGACUUCAAAGAUAUUCUGGAUACUCAUAAUCAUAUCCAGGCUGGUAAGAAAUCGAAGAAGAUAAUUUACGGCUUGAGUAAACUUCCAUUUUGCUCCAUGUAG